AAUCGCCUCAUCCUGGGAACCAAACUCUAAAACGUCAUGGAAUCAUCAUGUUGUCGAAUUCAAAGCUUUUAAAGAAGCCCUGAAACCCGUUGAUCUUCUUCUUAUUACACAACCAUGAACUCUCUACCAUACGAUGUUAUUACCGAUAUAUUCUGCCAUAUCAAAGACCCUUACCCACUCUCGCUGGUCAAUCAUCAAUUCUAUCAAAUAACCCAAGACCCAGUUUGUAUUGCCCGCCGCUUAUUGGUACUUUAUGGCAAUUGCUUUGAAUCACAGGUAUUGGAGCCUGUGAUGAUGCCUUCGCCUAAAGUCACUCAAAUUCUAUUGGACAAUGGAUGCUCCCUCCCUCGACACUUUGUCCAGAAGCUGGAAAGCGGCUACUACCAGGGCAUGCUUCACUGCUCCAAACAAUCACUUGACAUUAUUGAACGUCAGGCCGUUGCACGCUUCGGGCCCCGCUUCGAUUCGGCUGAAGACGAAUCCCAAUUGGUGUCUGCGCUGCUUGAAAGGAUUGAGCAAACGCAAGAUCGAUAUGAACUAGACCAACUUCACACUGAGCUUCAUGACAUAGUCUCCUCCACUGACUAUGUGCCUGUCACCUUAGGCAUCAAGGACAAUGACCUUCUCUUGAUCCUUCGGCUGAUUAUUCUAGCACCGGAUGCCUUUGAUAUUAUUCGCAAAAAUGGAUUCACGCUCAGGAACAUUUCACGUACCCGAGAUUUCGUGACACUGUUUACAAAAGUUGGUUGUUCUACCUAUACCCAAAAAUACACUGUCGAUCAAGUCGCCCAUGCACUGCAGGUCCUGUACGACACUUGCAAUCUGGAUAUCCAACCCCACACCGUCAAUGAGGUAUUUGAAAAAAUCAUCUCACCGGAAUACCUCAGUACCAAUGCACCCAAUGAUCAGGAAUCCGUACAUACGCUCGUCAUGAGCAAACUAGUACUGCCUUUUGACGUCAGCGCCAUUGCCAGCAAUAUCAUCUGCCGAUGUCUGAGAGACAGUGGUUGUCUUACCUUGUAUAAAACUUUUCCUUGUCCCGACCAAUUUACUGAGGCUUUUCUGAAAGAAUUUCCAACCCGAGACUGUCAUACUGCAGCAUGCUUGACCAGCCAUUAUUCCAUCAAACUACUGGACAUAUUUAAAUUCCCCCAUCCUGUUACUCAGCGUAGCUUCGAUAUCAUUGUACAUAGGCUCGUUCUAGCUACAUUUGGCAAUGAAUAUCCACUCAAGCAAAAGCGAUACCAAGGCUUCCGUCAACAGGUUACCAACAGCUCAGCCCCAAUCGAUAGAGAAAACCGCGCAUUUCAUUAUUACCUAGAUAAUAGCUCUGCCCGCUUGACCAAGGAUGCACUAUGUUUUGAUGGCCGUGAAUAUGAAGGCACAGUAGACGAAGAAAACAAGCGAGCUCUCAACAUUUUAUUUGACGCUAUCCUCAAAUACGGCGUCAGCCAAUGGUCGGGUGAAGAUUUGAGCGACUUGACAGACGGCAAAGCUGUCCUUGGUGCACUACUGGAGGAAGAGCGCAUUGAUUAUGCCAAGCGGAACAGAAGACCCAGUGCUCAAGACGCCGCUGCUAAUAAAUGCCCACUCUCUACUUUCCAUUCCACUCUUGAAGAAUUCUACCAGAGUAGAAUUCACGAAGAGCUGUAAUUAAUUUGUUACUAUUAGUCCUUGUACUUAGCCCUUGUAAAAAAAUAAAUUAUCAAAAUGGUUUUUAU